UCCGAUCAGAUACGGCGGCGGCGAGAUGGACUUGCCGGCGAGCCGCGGGCGGUGGCGGAAGCGGAGUGCACGCUCGCACGUGCCCCUCCUCGUGGCCGUCCUCGUGCUCCUCGUCCCGGCCUUCGUGCUCCUCUCCUCCGCAUACUCCUCACUGCUCCGCUUCCCCGCCUUCGGCGGCGGAGGGGGCGGACGAUGUGGGCGGUCGCCGGAGCUGGAGGGGGAGAGGUUCCUGUGGUACGCGCCGCACAGCGGGUUCAGCAACCAGGUGGGCGAGCUCCGGAAUGCCGCGGUCGCCGCCGCGCUGCUGAACCGCACCCUCGUCGUGCCCCCGGUGCUGGACCACCACGCCGUCGUCCUCGGGAGCUGCCCCAAGUUCAGGGUCUCCGACCCCACCGACCUCCGCGCCGCCGUAUGGGACCACUCCAUGCAGCUCCUCCGGGAGCGGAGGUAUGUAUCCAUGGGUGACAUAAUUGAUCUAUCCCCGAUAAAAGCUAUGGUUAGGACGAUUGAUUUCAGGGUGUUUGUUUCAUUGUGGUGCGGUGUAGACAUGCGCAAGACUUGCUUUUCUGGCUUGUGCUGUGCUGUUUCUGGUGGUGGAUCAUUGUCAGCUGAUUAUGAUAGAUGCCGAUCAAUGCUCUCUGCUUUUGGAGGCAGUGAAAAUGGCUGUGUGUAUCCUGUCCAGGAUGAUUGUAGAACAACAGUAUGGACAUACCAGGAGAACAAUGAUGGAGCACUUGAUUCAUUUCAGCCAGACGAAGACUUGAAAAGGAGGAGGAAGAUCUCAUAUGUUAGGAGGCGCAAAGAUAUGUAUAAGGCUUUAGGGCCUGGUUCUGAAGCUGAUGGUGCUUCCUUGCUGGCAUUUGGGACACUGUUCUCAGGACCAUACAAGGGAUCAGAGUCAUAUUUUGAUAUCCACGAAUCACCAAAGGAUCAUCGACUACAGACUGUACUUGAGAAAGUUGAGUUCCUCCCUUUUGCCCCUGAGAUCAUUGCAGCAGGCAAGGAGUUCGCCAAGAACAAGAUCAAGGAGCCAUUUCUUUGUGCACAGCUUAGGCUGUUAGAUGGGCAAUUCAAGAAUCACUGGAAAGCUACAUUUUCUGCCCUUAAGGAAAAGUUAAAAGCUAUUGAGUUGGAAAUGAAGAAAACCAAGGGCACUAGUCCUAUUAACAUGUUCAUCAUGACUGAUCUUCCACCAGCAAAUUGGUCAAAGACCUACCUUGCGGAUGUCGCAAAAGAUGGGAGGUAUAAAUUGCACACCCUGAAGGAAAGUGAUGAACUAGUCAUGCAGACCGCAGAGCGGCUUAUGGCUGCUGAACAUGGUGUGAGGUCUGGAUUUAUUCCCAAGAACAUUGAGAACACGAGGAAGGAUUGUGAUCCAGUUCAACUGCCAGAAAUUUUGUUAUACGUUGAAGAAUCUGUCUGUAGUUGUGCAUCGCUAGGAUUUGUGGGGACUGCUGGAUCAACCAUAGCUGGAAGCAUAGAAACAAUGAGAAAGAACAAUGUCUGCAAAUUGUAGGAGAACUGUACGCAUCCUACGCGCAAGCUGCCUGAAAAAAACUAACCACCGUUACUUGACUCAUUGACUAUAGAUAGCAAUGUGAGAACCAUUAGACAACAAAAGCUGAAUCCUUGAGAUCUCCCAUCCCCAGUGCAGGCAUGACUACAUGAGUAUGAGAAAUGAAUUCUGAAAUUAUAGUAUAUAGUGCUGAAAGCCCAUGUUUCUUUUUUUCCUUUUCAAUUGUGUGGAAAAGGUAUAAUAUGUUCCUAAAUCAUUCAGUCGUGUAAUUUUAUGCAUAUAUUUAUUUGUAAUUAUCCUGUGUCCUCACAGUUUGUGUCCUGAGGACAGUGAUAGCUUCUAGAAAAAUUGUUCGAACCAAAUAGCUAGCUUUGGUCUAUUCAUGGGCUCCGUACAUGGGCUAUCCUCCAAAAGCCUGGAUGGGCUAUCCUCUAGAAGCCUAGAUCACGGAAUACAAUGCUUAUGGUGUCUCAGCAAUUGGAACUGGUGGUCACAGAGUUUUUUACCCAAGAUUAUAGGUGGCAAUAUAGAUUGAGGAUUUCUUCUUUAGCUAGGAUUUACUCUAUUUUUUAAUACUUGGUUUCGCUUGUGUCUAGUUCUUAGCUAUGUGUAUCUUAGUUAUGCAGAGGC